AUGCCCCAAGUACAAGGCAGAGCGCCAGAAAACACCUACGCAGCCGCAGCCAAGGCUGGGAAGCCAACACCUGCCCCGGCGAAGACGCAGCCGCCAAAGGCACGAGGAUGCCCUCCCCCACCGCCUCCAGUCGCCGAAGCCGCCAGCCCUGACUCCUCCAUUGACAGCCAGGACGAGGAUGACGGCUUUGAGACCGUCAGUCGCCGCCGCCACCGACUUCCACGGAACCCCAAAAAACCGUGGAGGCCGCUCACCGGCGAGGGCCAAGGAUUCGAAGCCCCCCCCCACCACCAGCUGCCCGACAACCUGAGAGGCCCAAGGAGCCGACCACAGCCCCCGAGCGCAGACCCAGACCGACUCCUAGACUUCGCCUGGAAGUGCCGAAGCCAGCUCAGGCCACCACUGUUCAUGCCACCACUGCUCAGGCCACCACUGCCACCUCCGCCCCUGCCCCACAACCCACCCGGGACACACCCACGGCCUCACAGCCCGCCGCCCACCUGCAUCAGGAACUAA